AACUCAGGCAGCGCAGGAUGGUCUGAGGCUUUCUGACAAAGUCCAAGACAUCGAAAGUACCGCCGGCCAAAGAGGCCCCGUAAGCGCUGCCCUGCAUUUUCUAGCGAUUAUUGAUUUGUCAGCGAUCGAGGGUCGAGCUGCUGGAUGAGAAGAAACUUCCUGUCAAACUUCGGACAGUUUCGGUUUUAAGGAAAGUCACACUUCCUGAAAACUUCACUGAGCCCGCCCCCCUGCCGCGGUGCGUUCAGGAGCUCCCCCUUCAACUGCGGAAAGCUUAGAGUAACGUUUCCACCUUCACUACCGCACAAAUCCGAGAAAUAAAACAAAAUUCCCCUCACUCCUCACUUUAAAUAAAGUGGUGAAUCCUUCUUUUAAUAUUCAUCCGUUAUUUCCCCCCUCCAAAUUAUUUUAACUUUGGCAGUUCCUCACCGUGACCACCAUCACGAUUAAAACCCUAUUAAUCAUGAUUCCGAACUAAAAUGUGUUCAACUGAUUAAGUUUCAGGAGCUCCUAGUAAACGGAAACUGCUAAAAGAAAGAAGUAAGAAACUCACUUCACUUUUGUUCCUAUGAAAAAACUAGAAAAUUUAAAUCCUUCCUCUGUUUGUACAACUAAAAAUAAAACAUCUAAUAGUAAACAGCAACCCCUGUGUUUAUAAAAGUAACGGUUCACUAAGUGAAAAUCAGCUUCACUUUUAGUUCUACGUACAAACGUAAAAACACGCACAACUACAACCACCAAGUCUAAGCAUCUCUUAAUCCUACGUCAUUCUGAUUUUAAUUGGCACCUGCUUCUGUCUUUGUUCCCCCUCCAAAUUACUGUAACUUCUGUGUCUGCAUGGAUGGACAUCGUUUUGAAUAACUUAAUUUAGCAUUAACAGCUUCGCUCUGUGGCCACUAGUGGGCAGUAAAGAAUCGUGAUUCUGAAUGCACUCAGUUCAAGAGACUGCAGCUCAAAGCAACGUCAGAUUGAUAAAACACCUAUGAAACCAGACUGAUGCUUCCACGUGAACCUUUUAGAAAUAACACUUUACACUGCAAAUGUUAAUGUAGACAUUGUUUAAAGAUACGCCGGCAGGUAAUGCUUGGCACCAAUUGCAAAUAAGUCACAGCUGUGUGGAGAGAGAUGGGAAAGAGGAAGUGACACGUUGUUUGAUAUUAGUCAAGGUUAGACUGCGGCUGACCUCCUCUUUGUCUCUCAUCUGCAUCCUCUCUACAUUUGUGACAUUUGGUGAGGAGGGGGUUGAUGUCCCAGCAGCUCGGUGAUAAGGGUCAGACCGAGGAUGGCCGAGAACAUCAGCAAAGAGCAGUGAACAGUGCUUGACUUUAAAUAGUGGAAGGAUAAACAGAGGAGCCGAUGGUCCUGUAUUGAAUGCAGUGCCAGGUGAGAAAGAGAGAUCCCCUGGGAGCUGUGGUUUGCAGUAAAAUGGGAUCAUCACGGAGCGGGUCGCGCAGCGUGAGGUUCGAUGUUGACAUUUGUCCAAUGGAUUCUGACUAUGAGAAUCUGAGUGAAGGUCAACCAGGUCAGGGCUCCUUCGGUGAACCGGCAGAUGGCCCCCAGGGGCGCCCUGAGACCCUGCAGCUGGAUAUGAUGGAAAGCACAGGAAUAGAGCAUCACAAAAAAAGAAAUAGGAGAAUAUAUACAGGGGAAGACGACAUGGGGGAAGAUGCUCUUGAUGCAGAGCCGAUCACAUCUCUGCGGAGGCCCCAGUGUUCAGCUGCCACCCAGAAGGUCCUCUCUCACAUGCCGAGCAGCAGAGCUGGGAAAUAUAAUGCUGCAGUAGUGUCCAACAAGAAGGACGAGCUGGUGGCCGACCUCCGGGGCCUCUCUGUGAGGGAGGGCAAGCGGAAGCUGCGGGCCAUGCCACUCAGCCUGGGCAGUAAGAAGGAGAUCAGGCGACUUGCUUUUAGGGACAUAGGUUCAACUACCAGCAGAGUUAUUCCAUGCUGGAGUGGGCACAUUCUAAGGACUUGUCGUCAAUGCCUGUUCCGCUGCCUCACCGUCCUCGGCUCCCUCCAGCUGUGGCAUUCAGCCAUGAAGAGGGUGAGCGGACGUUUCGGAACCGGAGUGCUCUCCUAUUUCCUGUUCCUCCGAACCCUCCUGGGCUUGAACCUCCUGCUCUUCAUCUUCAACGGCCUGUUCGUGGUCAUCCCUCAAGCCAUCCAUCCUCCUCCUCCUCCUCCUGGUCAUAACCUUGACACUUUCACUGGUCUUGAGCUUUUAACAGGCACGGGCUACUUCUCUCAUAGUGUGAUGUUUUAUGGCUACUACACCAACACCAGCCUCACAACUUGUCAGGUUAAUGGGACCCCUGGUUCCACUGGGGAAUCCUCUAACCCACCUUUGUGCCAAACGGGGACAUACAACAUACCUGCAGCCUACUCCCUCACCAUCGCCUCCACCUUCUUCAUUAUCUUAAUCAUCCUGGUGUACAGCAUUUCCAAGUCCUUCGGGAGAAGCUUUCACGUCCUCAAGUCGAAAGGGAAUCUGGCAGUGAACGUUUUCUGUGCCUGGGACUUCAAACUGAGCAAGAAGACGUCUGUCAGAUUUCAGUCUGAGAAAAUCAGCAAUCAGCUCAAAGAGCUUCUGUCUGAGAUGAUCACAGGAGACGGUGAAAAGAGCUGCAACCAGCGACUCUGCCACCUCAUCGUGCACUUGGUGGCGUGGACUGUGUGUCUGGCCAGCAUCGGCCUGUGUGCCAUGGGGAUCCACUUCCUGUCAGAGGUUACUUCAGAGGACACCAUUAAACAUGAAGGAGACACUAAGUUGCUGCUCUUACCUGCAGUGGUGUCGGGCAUCAACCUGCUCCUCCCGGGCCUCUUCAACCUGUGUGCCUGGGUCGAGAAACGCGACUCACCCAGUGUCAGUGUCCAUGUUUCCAUCUUCAGGAACCUGUUGUUGAAGAUCACUAUUGUUGGAAUGCUGUGUUACCACUGGCUGAGGAGAAUUUCUGUGGAACCAGGAAGGAAUCAGUUCCAGUGCUGGGAGAACUUUGUGGGUCAGGAAGUGUACCGCCUACUCCUGAUGGACUUUCUCUUCACGCUGCUUUACACCUUUCUUGGAGAGUUCCUGUGGAGGCUCUUUUCCAAGCAAGUGAGGGGAAGGGACCGAAAGCCAGUGUUUGACAUUGCCCGUAAUGUGAUGGAGCUCAUUUAUGGACAAACUCUAACUUGGAUCGGUGUGCUGUUUGCUCCACUUCUACCCGCAUUGCAAAUUAUAAAACUGCUUGUGCUGUUUUACAUCAAGAAGGGCAGUCUGAUGGUAAACUGUCAGGCCCCCAGAAAGCCCUGGAGGGCCACACAGAUGACAACACUGUUCAUUACUAUGUUGUGUUUCCCAUCAUUUGUCGGCGCUGCCGUGUCUGUCUCUUACAUGAUUUGGACGAGAAAACCCUCAUCCGGGUACGGACCAUUCAGGAAUCUCCCCACAAUGUUUGAGUCAGCGAGCCUGUGGGCCCAGGAGCUGAAGAACACCCACCCAGUCUUAUCUUGGCUCAGCACGGUCUACAACGCUCUGGUGGAGAACCCAGUUUUCUUAUUCCUCACCAGUGGCGUCUUCUUAUUGCUGAUAUACUUUCAUGCCCAAGUUGUUGAUGGCCAAAAGAAAAUCAUCAGUCAGUUAGAAAGUCAAAUAGAAAACGAGGGUAAGGACAAAAAGUUCCUCAUCACCAAACUGCAAGCGACUUGUGAACAGAAUAGUCUGGUUUCUCAUAGAUAAGGUUGUGGCUGAGCAGCUCUGAUCCCAUCUCUGCCAACAGGGUUGUUGUUUUAUAUAUACUGCUUGUAUACUGUAUAUGCAGAAUUAUGAUAUUAAAUGUGUUGUGCACAAAGACAAAAUAAAUGGAUUGUUAGUUGA